UUCAUCGAGUUAGUUAUUAUGAAUCAAGAAAAUUCUUUUACUUUUCAACCUAAUUCAGCAGAAGAUAAUUCUGAUUCUAUUUCAAUUAUACCUUUUGAAUCUUCAUCGCUAUAUAAUCUUGAAUGUUCUAAUUCUUAUUCUGAAAAUUCUACUUCAUCAUUAUAUGCUACUAAAUAUCCAACUUCACUAUCUAAUUAUGAACAAUUUACUUUACCUUCUGAUAAGCCUGAAAAUCUUACUUCACCAUUGGAUAGUUUUAACGAUUCUGACUCCUUAAAUCUUAACCCUAUACAAAAUACUAAAAAACAUAAAUCAGUGUUUAUAACAUCAUCUAAUAAAAAACCAAAACCUGAAAAAAAUGGCAAAAUAGAAAAAUGUGAAGAAACUUUUGCUCUUCUUACCAGUAUAAGCACAUUAGGUGCUUAUUUACGUACAGUACACCAUUUGUCAGAAAAUAGUAAAUUAUUACCCUUAUCAGGUGCAUCUGAACUAUUAGUUUUCAAAAAACCUAUUCAUAUAGCACAAAAAGAUCCUACUCAACUUACAUUAUUAGAUACAAUAAAAAAACAACUAUUACUAUUUUCUAAAAAAAAAGAUAGAUUAACUUCUAGACUUCUUGCAUAG